AUGUAUUCAACAGGAACUUUCAGCCCCUCUGUGAUCAAUCCUCCGGCCAGAGAACUGGCUGCAUCCAAGACCCCAGCGCCGAUCUACUGCUUCCCCAUCACCAUGGAGGCUUCUCUUGCAAUCUGCAUCCUCGCUGCUCUCCUGGCUACGGGGACCUGUCUGCAGUGUGAGGUUUGCUCUGGACCAGGAAAAAACUGCACGGGCACCAUGCAGACCUGCGCCGCUGGGCAAGACUCUUGUGCCUUCGUUUUUACCGAUGUCUCACAGGCGGGAGUGACGGGACAGAGCUUUCUCAAGGGCUGUGUGCCAUCCAGCGAAUGUAAAGUCGGCCCCAUCUCUAUGAAUUUUGGGCAGGGAAUGAUGACAAGGACGAGCAUCGUCUGCUGCGUGGGAGACGCCUGCAGAACAACCACAGUUACAGUGCCCCCGGCUGACACCAAACCCAAUGGCCGGAGCUGCCGUGGCUGCUACGCGUUGAACGCUGGUCAAUGCAAUGAACAAACCAUAGAGUGUACUGGACCUGAGACACAGUGUAUUGAUAUUGCUGGGACCAUAACGAUGGGUGGAAGUCAAAUGCAGACGGUCAUGAAGGGCUGCGCUUCGGAGUUCAUCUGCACCAAUAUAAAAGUGGGUUCAGGGACCUUCGCAGGCAACAGUGCAGAUCUAACCACGGCCAAAUGCACAGUGGCCUCCGGCGCGGUGGGCGUGGCUCCGGGACUGGUCGAGAUCCUCCUCCCGGCCCUCGCUGGGCUCCUGCUGCUGAAACUUCUCUCCUGAUUCCCACCCGAUGCAAGAGCGACACGGCACUGAAAUCCACCCUGCAGCCUGCGUUAGCUGCUCUC